AUGUUGAAGUCGCACUUUUUCCGUCCCAUGCCCUCCCAGCUGCUCUUCGAAGACUUCUCCAGCUGGCUGGCCAAACAACAGCCCGUUACCAAGAGAGUUCCCUAUACGGAGAGGACUACGGGUGAAAAGUCCUGCAAGCCAUUCGACAUAUUCUACAAGGACUUUGCCCGCUGGCUGACCGAUCACCAGCUGAUCAUUAUGGCCCAUCAGUUCUGGGAUCAGCUCACUCCCUGCCAGAUGUUCGACUACGUCAUCAGGUCCCUGCGUCCCUACGAACAGCCUCGAGGAACUGCGCUGCCUCGAGAUCACAUCGCUCUCGGCGGAUUCAAGAAAAAACAGUCAUACUUACCGCCAAUUUCAAAUCUUGCAUCCAGAGCGAUCAAAAAGCGAGGAACGUCUCGCAGCAUUGAAAGCAGUUUACCCUUAACUAAUUGUUGGCCUUCUUCUUUUUUGCUUUCAGAUGCAUCCAGUUAUUAUUUUCCCUCGCAAAAUCGAUUUGUACCCUCUUCCGGAUCGUUUCCCCGCCAACUGCAGCAGCCGCAGCAAACUUUAAAUGGUUUUCGCAGCGCCAACAGUGGAUUCUCCCCCGCCCCCGGAUCCUACCAGGAGCAGCUCCUUUUCAUAUCCAACGAGAACAGCAACAACAACAACAAACAGACUGCCAUUGCAGGCAACUCGCCAUACGGAUCACCAUUUGGAAGCAGUUCACAGUUUGCAAAACCGAAUCGGCAGUCGGACUAUUACGAUAUCUCGCCACGCCCCUUUGGUGUGCCCGUCGGUGGAGGUGGCGCAACGUCCGCAACGCCAUCGAAUGGAUUUACACGCUCCAAGGCGAUACGCAAUGGAGGCGGCAGCGGAGUCAGCAGCGGAGCCAGCUUAGGGAACAGUCUUAACGGUUUCCAACCGCAGACGCAGCGCGUCAAUGUUCCCCAUCAGCAGACGCAGUUUCUGGCCCACUUCAAUGAGCCAACAACGAGCGAAAAACGUUUGGCGGCAAGCAGUGCAGCCGUGCGUCCCUUUGGCAACGGCGGCUUCUCGCCCAGCUCGACGCGCACUCGCACUCAAGCGCCUCCAGCGGACGAUGCCACGCACCAAGCAGUUGCAGCUGCGACGCCCUAUCGCUUACGCAGUCGCUAUCAGCCUUCGACUAGCACUGCUUCCUCAACGACAUCGACAACGACUGGAAGCAGUGCGGAGCAAGCAGGAAGCAGCAAGAGGUACAAUCGCUUUGGCAGCAAUCGAGCAGCUGCAAAGACAACAAGCAGUACAACAAGCAGUACAACAAGCAGCUCAACCACGCCAAAUGCGUCCUCAGAACGUCCCAGCUUUGGUCGCAAGGCGCCGAAUCCGCGUCGUCCCGUGUUCAUCAGUCGCGAGAUCAACGAGCCCGUGAGUGUGGUCAGCAAGCGACCCUUCAACUACAACAGCGCCAACGCCAGGCUUAAGCUGCCCAGACCCACGUCCAGCACAACAAGCACCACUGAGAGCCUGGAUGAGGGGGAGAGUGGAGAGGUAGAGUACGAGCAGGAACAGGAGUUGCCGGAGAAGGACCAGGAUCAGCAGCUGACCCAUGAAGUGCCCUCAAGCCUAGAGAAACUGCCAUUGCAGGAGGAAACAAUUACACCCAUCACAAUAGCCAAGACGGAGGGAACAAACAGCCAGGAGCACACCGCUGAGGCACUGGACACGGUGACCAGCAACGAGGAUGAUCUCGACAAGUCCACCAGCACCACGAGCACAGAGGAAUCCCAGACAGACUACUCGGAAACCAGUGACGUCUCAGAGGAGACAACUCUCCCAAAUGUCGCCCAUGAGUACGAGUAUGUGGAGGAGGAGGAGAAGGAGAGGGAGAAGGCAACCACCGCGCUACCCAGACAGAGUGAGUCGACGGAGGAUCACCAAACGGAACUCGAAGCAGAGACAACCGAAUCCGCAGGAGAAACCACAACUCAGGCCACAACAGCGAAACAACAGGCACCCGAAACCCAAAAGGAGAUCAAGACAACGUCUAGGCAGGAGGAAGAGUCCGAGUACGACGAUGAAGAGGGUGAGGAAGGUGACGAGGAGUACGACUACGACGAGGAAGAGGAGGCAGAGGGAGAGCAGGAGGAAGGCGGCGAGGAGCAACACAGUGAUGCCACAACCGAGUCGGAUAACGAGUCCACUUCGAGUCGAGAGCACAGGAUUGAGGACGGACGAGAGAUCAUCUCAGUGGUGACCACGAAGAGCGUAGUCAAUGGUUCCACGGCGUAUCCGGCUCCUCCUGUAACGCCCAGCAGCCUGGGCACGACUCUAGCCGACAGUCAACCAGCUCCACAGCCGGAGGAGGAGCACACAGAGUCCGCCAAGGUGGAGACUGUGGAGACAACGACGCCACUGCCCAUCGAGAAUGUGACCGAGAGCUAUGUGGUUGUGGCGUCCAUUCAGACAAGCAGAAGCAUCAAUGGAGCCCGCUUUCUGCCCUUCCCCGCCAUCGAGCAGGAGGAGACGAAGCAGACGCUGUCGGAGCUGGAGCGGAAGGUGCACUCCAAGCAGCAGCAGAAGCUCAACGAUCUGAACGAGAGCAGCGAGGAGCCCAGCACAACGACCAUAUCCCUGCCAGCACAGGGCGUCUCCACGGAGAGCAUCAUCGAUAAGCUGGAUCGCGUGCAGUCCGAGUUGUCCAACGGAGUGCUCUCCGGCAAGUAUCCCAUCGUCAGCCAGAUGGAUGCCUCCACGCCCGCCUCGACCAUGUCCACGGGCGCUGGCUCCAGAUUCGUGCCGAACAUACGCAAGUUCCAGCCCCGCACCACAGCUGCUCCCAGCACCACGAGCAGCGGAUCCAAGCUGAAGGUGCAGCACUUUGACGAAGCCGAAAUGGACGAGCUGGCCAGUCUGCUGCCUGUGGGAUUCAAGCCCAAAUCCAGCUAUAAGAACCGCAAGAUCACCACAACAACAACGUCGACAACGACGGAGGCACCAGGCGAGGAUCAGAGCAGGAAACCAGCUAGGAACUCCACCAUUAGUCGCUCCUUCAAGAACGGCGCGGUUGCCGUGCAGGAUGUCGCCUUGGCAGGACUCCUGCCCAAGGGCUACAAACCCCCCAGGACCACAACGACGACCACGUCCACGUCCACGACUACAACACAGAGUCCGGCUCUGGAGAGUCUCUUCAGCAAGUUCGACGACAGCCUGGCCGCUCUGCUGCCCAAGGACUACAAGCUGAACUCGACGACGUCGAAGCCAGCCAUCUCCCUGGUCGAUGACAUAUCCCAGUUCCUGCCUCCGGGCUUCAGUUCCUCGACGAAAGUGACCACGACAUCGACAUCGACUACACAGCGAUCUCCCGCCGUCGCCGUUCCCUUCGAUGAUCUGAGCAGCUUCCUGCCGCCUGGCUAUAAGCCGCCCAAGGAGCAAGUGGAGCCAAAGCUGCCCACUGGGAUUACUCCUCUUAAGGUGGAUGAUUUGAGCAGUUUCCUGCCUCCUGGCUUCAAGUUGAACGACACCCUCAAGCCUAUUCCCGCCGAGGAUGAUGAUCUGCUCGCCUCGUUGCUGCCCCCCGGCUACAAGUCCAAGACGGCGCUGCAUCCGGCCUCAACCAGCACCACGAGCAAGCCCAAGACAACAGCUACUACUCCGGCUGUCAGCUCGACGGAGCCAACUGGCGGCUUGAAGGUCGUCUUUCCCAAGGGAUUCCACAAGCGCUUAGGCUCCCAUCGUCUGACCACGCCACACACUCCACUGGACGGAGCCGACGAUGCGCCCUCCGCCUCCUCGUCGCCCUCUCUGGUCAUCAGGAAGGGUCCGCCGAUGCGUGCAACCACCGAGUUUACGGGUUGGCCCACUCCCCCCACGACUCCACUGUCGAUUGACAAGCUCAAUGCCCAGACGAUCAACUUUGAGGAUCUCCUGACAGCGGCGGGCAGCAGCAGCACAACAACAACAACCAGCAGCAGUACAACCACCACGACCACCACCACACCACGACCCACCAAGCCAGGACACUGCACCGCCGACUGUGAUCUGGAGGCGACCAUCAGGAUAAUCGAGGGCGUGGCCUGGAAGCCAGAGCUGCUCGAUCACAACACCGUCGAGUGGAAGAAUCUCGCACACGAACUGGAAGCGCAGCUCAAUGAGGUCUACUCCAAUGCCGCCCAACUGAGCAAAUGGUACAAGAAGGUGCGCAUCGAUAGCUUCAGCAAGGGAAGCGUCCUGGUUGACUAUUACGUGGAGCUGGCCAACAUCACUGAAGAUGUGGACACGCUGGAGAUCAAGCAGCUGUUCCACGACGCCCUCAGCAAACCCAUGAUGUCCGUGCUGCCCGACAAGGACGCCCAGGAGAAUGAGACGGACAGCGUGUCCAGUCCGCAGGAGGAGCAGCUGGUCAAGGCCAGCUAUCAGAUGGGCAAGUUCACCAUCGAUCCUGUGGCCACCGAGUUCAGUGUCAUUGCCAAGAAUCAGCACACGAAUCCGGAGAGCACUGAGGAUGAUCUGCCCAUUCCACAGUGGGCCAUUGUCGUCAUUGUCAUUGGCGUCGGCUCCCUGGUCUUUGUCAUCAUCUUUGGGGUCACUGUGCUGCUGAAUCGCCAGAAACGCGCCAAGAAGACGCCCAUUCCUCUCACCAAUGACAUGCUGAACGAACUCAAGGUCAAUCACAUGGGAGGUGCUGACAAUUACGGAGUGGACGACUUCUACAACAUUGAUGAUCCCUGGAACGACACCAAGCAGCCCAUCAAGCCAAAGCGCUUCACAAAUUCAAUGCACGGCAGCAACAGCUCCAACAUCUACGACAGCUGGAGAUCCACUCGUCACGCUCAGAACAGUGGUGACUAUUUCUAUGACCAACAGCCGGCCUACUCGCAGAAGGGCGACUCCCUGAAGCGGCCACAUCUCGGCCAUCAACAUCAUCAUCAGCAGCAUCAGCAUCAGCCUUAUCCCGGCGGCCAUCAGCAGCAGCAGCAGGGAUAUGGCCAUGGCCAUCAAUAUCCCGAUGCCUUCGCCGAUGCCCACCAGAUGUACAGCUACAACAAUCAUGCGAGUCGGACGCGUUAUGCGAGGGACUACGACCCGGACUUCUAGUCCGUCCAACAGACUAACAACGCUCUAGCUUUAGGAACUGCCAACCGAUUAAGUGUUGCGAAAGUUUAUACGUAUCAGUUAAUUACACUGCUGCUCAGUAACAUAUAACAUAAUAUAUAUGUAUACAUACUUGAAUGCUUAUAUUCCAGUAUGUACAAGUGUACAAUUAUAAGACAGGUAUAAAAACUAUUUAUGCAAGCAUACUCUUACUUUUAUUCCCAGCUAUCUUCUUCCAUAUCUUUGUUCUUUACUAAAUCUAUUCAAAUGAUUAUUCUACGUAUGUAUUGUAUGUAUAUGGAAAUUGGGAGCAUCCAUUUUGGGCUCUCGGAAAGUAAAUAGUCAUGCACUUUUAGUUAAUACUAGUUUGUAAUUACAUUUUAGACAUUUUGAAUAAUUUAAUUAAUGGCGGCUUAAAACCACACUACUUACCAAUGUCUAUAUCUAGACAAUGAAUAAAACAGUAAUAAAAUUUAAAAAAUA